CUUCCGAUCAACCAACUUGCUAUUUUUCCAACCCAGAUGUGAUUUCGCCAGGUGUGAAGCUCACCGCACGAAGUUCGGCAUCCGUGACUUUGCCAAAUGCGUAUGUAGCUGUUUCUGGAUCUUCAGCCUCCCAUACUGCGAUUCCUGCUCAUCCAUUGAAUCGAAACCAUGUGUAUGUGAAUCUCAACAAGGACACUGCUCCCAAACGUCAAGUAGCAACCGUUGAACAAUCUACCAACGAAAUUUCGAAGCCUAUCCCGAAUUCUCAAGUAUCACAUUCAACUACAUAUCGCAAGAAACACUCCGCAUCGGAUACAUCAUCCAUGACGACAAAUAUGCACACUGCUGCCUCUGGUACAUCGACGUCUCACUCUCUUUUUCCUGCACAUUAUUCGAACCAGAAUCCGGUUUAUGAGAACCUCAUUACGAAUAAUGCAUCUGUAUAUGAGGAUCAACGGAAUGCUGUAGGUCCAUUUCAAUCAACAAUAAUACCAAUGGCGACAAGUGGCACAUCGGUUCAGCAAGUUGGCGUCAGCAAUACUGAAAACUCGGCUUCUCAACCCAUCACAAUUCCCGUUAUAAUAGCUAGCGAUGGGAAGCCAUAUGCUCAGCUUGAAAAUGGUAAUUACUAUGCACUCACAGAUAACGAUAAUGAAGUUAUUAUGGAUCAGUUAUCGAACAUCAAGCAAGACGAAGUUGAUUUGGGAGUUGACACUGAUUUGCAGCAGAUGGCAUCUUCUUCUACUGUUAACGAAUACCAAUACUCAGUCAUUACCGAGUUGCGUAAGAUAAAUGUCCGGUUGGACGCUUUCGAAGCAAAGUUAUCCCAGCUCAAUGCUGAGGUGUGCAAAACAAACGAUCGAUUGAACGUUCAGGAGGGACUUUUGGUAAAAUUGACCGAUUUCAUGGCCAAUGUUAAUAAAUUAAUGUUGAUGAAAAAUUCAAAUGAUGCUACGCCAAUUGGAAAUCGUUACGAUGAAGAAUUUACGGAAUUUGAGAGUAUGCCCAAAAUCAAUUCCGUCGAAGCGUUCAAGAUCUUCGAACAACGCUUAUCUGAUACAGAAUUCUCUGGAAAAUUUUUCCGAUACACACAUUCGAUCUACAGCCUCAAUGGCAAACGAGAUAGUGGGCCGUUGUUUAGGACAAUAGUGCGAAAGCUGAUAACACCGAACGUGUUAACCCCUUUUUCUUGGAUGGGGAACAAACGCACAAAGAAAGGAUCUGAUGAAUGCAGUCACAAUAUCAACUUUCAGGAGACGUUCCCAAACUUCAUCAAGUUGAUGCAGCAAGUUAUGCAGGCCGCCGACUGUUCCAACACACGUGAGCAAAGUGAUCAUUUAUUCAAAACGCUUCUGAGGUACAAGAAUUUGGAACUAAAACGCUACGAAAGUGGAAGUGGAGAACGUCGAGCUUCAUCUUCAAGAAAAAGGCAGAAAGCUGCAGGACCUGCUGAUGCUAUACAAACUCCUGAUGCAAACUUCCCUGGACCAUCUCAGGCAGCAGUAGUACAUCUAUCACACGGUGAUCAAAGUCUGGAUAAUUCAAAUGACACUGAAUCAAAGGAAUCCGAAAGUUCUUCAUCUGUAUCAUCAAGUGGAGAUGAUGUUUGAAUGAUGUUUGAACAGUACAACCUCGUCACUUCACGAUGGUGGGUGAUAUUUACA